AGAGCGGACGCGGGUGACCACGACGCGGCGCUGGCCCCGAGCCGCGGGCGGCGCGCCAGCACGGCCGGGGAACUACAAUUCCCGGCGCUCGCGGCCACCUCCGCUGGAGGCCCUUGCCCCCAGCACCGAGAGUCACCCGGAUUCGGCGCUGGGAGUGCGUGGCCGCAGGCGGCAUGGAGUCCCAGGCGCCGGACGCCUGCUUCCUGGGAGACGUGGGUUUCUGGGUGGAGCGUACCCCUGUACAUGAAGCUGCCCAUCGUGGUGAAGCCCUGGAGCUGCAGCAGCUGAUCGAGAGUGGUGCCUGUGUCAACCAGGUCACGGUGGACUCCAUCACACCCCUGCACACAGCCAGUCUGCAGGGCCAGGCACAGUGCGUGCAGCUGCUGCUGGCUGCUGGGGCCCAGGUGGAUGCCCGGAACAUCGAUGGCAGUACCCCCCUCUGUGAUGCCUGUGCCUCGGGCAGCAUUGAGUGCGUGAAGCUGUUGCUCUCCUAUGGGGCCAAGGUCAACCCACCCCUGUACACAGCCUCCCCGCUGCAUGAGGCCUGCAUGAGCGGAAGUUCCGAAUGUGUGAGGCUUCUAAUUGAUGUUGGGGCCAAUUUGGAAGCACACGAUUGCCAUUUUGGGACUCCUCUGCACGUUGCUUGUGCCCGGGAGCAUCUGGACUGUGUCAAAGUGCUGCUCAAUGCAGGGGCCAAUGUGAAUGCAGCAAAGCUUCACGAGACAGCCCUUCAUCAUGCGGCCAAAGUGAAGAACGUGGACCUCAUUGAGAUGCUGAUUGAGUUUGGAGGCAACAUCUAUGCCCGGGACAACAGGGGGAAGAAACCCUCAGACUACACAUGGAGUAGCAGUGCCCCUGCCAAGUGCUUUGAGCACUACGAAAAGACACCUCUAACGCUGUCACAGCUCUGCAGGGUGAGCUUGAGGAGGGCCACCGGCGUCAGAGGGCUAGAGAAAAUCGCCAAGCUGAACAUCCCUUCCCGGCUCAUCGAUUACCUUUCCUACAACUGAGCUGCAGGCACCCUGGCUGCUGGCCUUACUGAGCCCAGCGUUGUUUAUCUGAAGCCCUCAGUUGCUAUAGAUAGAACAACGUUCCCUGAGUCCCUGUUGGCCACCCUGUUUCUUCUUCUCUGUGGACUCCUGGAGAGUAUUUCCAAGGCAUUGGGAAGUCCCUGGGGGUCAUGGCCCUGUGCUGGCUCUCUGGGAACUUUGCUCUAACUCCUAUGUUCCCAGCCAUCUAAUUGUCCUCUCUUCACUGAUCUGCCUCAGAAGGAAAGACUCUCAGGAAAGACUCUUCCAGGAGCACAGGGGAAGGCCAGGUAUAGCUGGGUUCCAGGUACCACUGUUGAUUUCCACAUGCCUGGGAGGUCAAGGAGUGUGGUGCCAUCUCUGAUUCAUUCAGCACUAGGCAGCCCUGGGGGUUCAAAGGGAGGAGCCUGUGCCAUAGAGGGUGGCCCAUGGGAGGUGAGGUCCUGACCAUAUGGCCUGGGAUGGCUGCAUUGGGGACAUCCUGCCACUUGGAUGCUUUUUUCUGGAGCACAGGGUGGGCACUUUCCAAGGCCCACCUGCUUCCAGGUGUAUGCAUCACUCAGGGACUUUGUACGGGUUUUAUGGGGGAAGGCUCAGGGUCUUCAUUCCCCUUAACCAGCACAGUGUUUCAUAGGAAGUUUUUCUUCAGUUUUAGGUCUCAACUUAAAAAGUUUAUGUGAGGGAUAAAAAAACUUUCAGAAGAUAUAUAGGCUGUAGCAUAGGUUUUGUUAAUGAAUCUUUAAAACAAAAGGUAAUGUGGAGGCGUGUUAAGCACAAAUUUCUAAUGUAAAGGAUUGUUAGGAAAUGCUUUGGAGAUUAUGGUUGCCAAAUGAAUUAUUUCUUACCCUAAAUUUUGCUAACUCCUUGAGCUCUGAAAUUGGUAGAAGAGGUUGCCAGCACCCAGUGGAUAUUAUCAACCUCUGAUCCGGUGCUUUGAACAAGAUGGGAAUCAGACUCAUUAUCAUAGGCUGGGAAAGAAAGUCUUGCAAUUUGUUCCUAUAGUAAUAGAAACAAGUAGUUCUAUAUUGUAAGUCAUGCAGUGAAAUAUUAAGAAUAUUCAGACUGCAUUUAUCUGCCUAAGUUUCUGUAUCGUAAUUUAAAAAACAAACAGAAAUCCAGGGAGUUAAACUAGAUGACUUUGCAUAAUUAGUCCAGGUAUAUUUAGUUUCUAGGGAAACAUAGAAGGCACCACUUGUGAACACCCCAGAAAUGUGGACGUCACCACAUUCUGCCAGAGAGUGUGGAAUAGAAUGCACCUGAAUUGCCCAAGGUAAUGCCAAGUGUGCUACGAGACCAGAAACAUCUGCACAAAGUUACUUGGGUGAAGCCCUAGAUCUGGUUGAAAGUUUCAUGCUGGUGGCUUAGUUUAUUUUCCAUCUCUCUGUUCCAGCCAUGGUUACAUCAUUCUAUGCUGAGAGUAAAAGCCACUCCUGUUUGGUUACAGUCUUAGAUACAAGUUCUGGGUAAAUCAGUGUUUCUGUAUGUACUAAUAACAAUGAAAGAAAAAAAAAAAGCAUUGGGUUUGGCCCUUUCAUCUUUGUAACAGAAACUUGCCUCUAGCAAUGAGCUGGUGACAUUUCCAUAAGUGGGUACACAGAGUACAGAAUCCUGGCUCCACACUCGCUGCUCAAUAAAAGGUUGAAUAGA